CGGCGGCGGGGCUGGCGGGCGGAGGCUGCGCGCCGACGGGAUGGGCUCGCCGGAACCCCGCGCCCCGCUGGCCGCCCAGGACGACGACGAGGCGGCCGAGGCGGCGGAGCACGAAGGAGGCGAGCUGGACUCGCGGAGCUCGGCGGGCGACGCGGGCGGCGGCGGCGGCGAGCGGCGGGUCGACAAGUUCGGCUUCCUGGUGGCCGACGGGCAGGACGCCGGGGACCCUCCGGAGGCGCCGCUGGCGGAGGUGCCGCUGGACGUGCUGAGGCAGAGGGAAUCAAAAUGGCUGGACAUGCUCAACAACUGGGACAAGUGGAUGGCCAAAAAGCACAAAAAGAUCCGGCUGAGGUGCCAGAAGGGCAUCCCACCUUCCCUGCGUGGCCGGGCGUGGCAGUACCUUUCGGGGGGCAAAGUCAAGCUGGAACAGAACGCCGGCAAGUUUGAUGAGCUGGACGUGGCUGUGGGAGAGCCCAAAUGGCUGGAUGUGAUUGAGCGAGACCUCCACCGCCAGUUUCCCUUCCACGAAAUGUUUGCUGCGCGGGGAGGCCACGGGCAACAAGAUUUAUUCCGGGUCCUGAAAGCUUACACUCUGUAUCGGCCAGAGGAAGGAUAUUGCCAGGCCCAGGCUCCCAUUGCCGCUGUCCUGCUGAUGCACAUGCCUGCCGAGCAAGCUUUCUGGUGUCUUGUGCAAAUAUGUGAGAAAUACCUUCCUGGCUACUACAGCGAGAAGCUGGAGGCCAUCCAGUUGGACGGCGAGAUUCUCUUCUCUCUGCUGCAGAGAGUCUCCCCGCUGGCAUUCAAGCAUCUCAGCAAGCAGAAGAUCGACCCCAUCUUGUACAUGACGGAGUGGUUUAUGUGCGCCUUCUCCAGGACCCUGCCCUGGAGUUCUGUGCUGAGGGUCUGGGAUAUGUUCUUUUGUGAAGGCGUCAAGAUCAUCUUUCGAGUGGGUCUGGUCCUCCUGAAGUACACACUGGGUUCCUCGGAGAAGCUGAGAUCCUGCCAAGGGCAAUACGAGACGAUGGAACAGCUGAGAACCCUGAGCCCCAAAAUCAUGCAAGAGACUUUCCUUGUGCAAGAGGUCAUAGAGUUGCCGGUGACAGAGCGCCACAUUGAGCGGGAACACCUGAUCCAGUUGAAGAAGUGGAAGGAGACCCACGGAGAGCUGCAAUGCAAGUCCCCUCCCCGCUUCCACGGCGCCAAGGCUAUCAGGGACUCUGAGCCGUAUGCCCACAGAGCCUUGGAGCCCUCUCCUUCCAUCAUCCUGCCCCCCGGUGCCGCCCUCCUCCCCAAGGGCCGCAAGAGCAAGUCGCGGAAGGACAGCCCCCAAGGCCCCGCGAGCGUGGGCGACCAAGCCAACGGCCCCAUCCCCGAAGAAAACGGAUCUUUGCUGGAGCCCGACUCUUCCCUUUUCCAUCAGUCCAAGGAGAGCCUUAGUUCCCGGGAGAGCGAGGACACCUACCUGUAGGGGUGGGGAAUUGCACUUUCCAGAUCAACCCCACCCCACCCCGCCCCACCCCCCACCCCCUUUUCUCCCAGGCCACACAAACCAGAGGCGCCCUUCAUAGGAAAAAACGGCAGCUGGGUUUGUAAGGAGGGGAGAAAGCUUUGUCAAAGGGCAAGUGGGUAAGUAUUAGGCCUUCCGGUGGCCGAAGGAAGGAAUCCCGUUACGUCUUCGGCAGCCCUGGCUGGAAAGGGCUAGCGCCUCUCCUGCCCCCUGCUCUGGGGGUGGGCGUGGUGGGGGUAGGGAGACAUUCUUGAGGCUGAGGGGCACUGAGGUGUCCCCCCCUCCCUCUCCUUGUUUUGGGGGGAAAAGUUAGGUUGGCCGGAAUCAUUCAGGUAUAGAAACACAGGAAGGAACCGUAGCUACCUAUAGAUCACUCAGUUGCAGGUGUGGGUUGGCUCACGUUUUCAGGUGGGAAUAAAUGGAGGCCGUCCCCUUAACUCAGACCCCGCCCUCCCCUCCCUCGGUGGGCCGAAGGGCAAGAUGUUUCUUGAAUUCUGUCCCGGGAGGGGCUGUGUCCAAAAUUCCCGUGCGUGCAAUUGUCUACGCCCUGGAGUCGUAUAUUCCACCCUUGAUCCACCCUUGAUCAGAGAAGCGGCCGGGCUUCUCUCUUGGAUACUACUACCUCUUCCUCUUCCUCUCUCUCUCUCUCUCUCUCUCUCUCUCUUUCUCUCUCUCUCUCCCCCCGCCCACAACCCGCUCUGUCGCAACCCAGCCUGUGAUGGGUGCUCUAGUCCGCCUGGAGCUUCCCAGGGAAAGGCGUCUCCAGACAGGACGAUCACCUUAGCGCCCCCCGAUGAGGGGGCUCUGUGUUGAGCGGAUGGCGUUACGCGGGGACCCUAACUCCCUGCGUUCUGUCUCAUUGCGCAGGAAGAAUUGUGGCUUGGCUGUUCUGUUUCUUCCUCUCGCCACGGACUGUUUUUCCUCGCGCAGGGACGGCGCUUUCCCAAGACACGAACCGCUGCUUCUCUUCCUCGGCCCGCUAAAAAGUCAGCGCGCUAAAAAGGAAAAACCCUGUCCUGUGUAGCCUCGCUGUCUUUUUGUCUUGACCAAAUUCACCCAUAUGCUGUACGGACCAGAUAAUGCUGGAUUUCCCCAUCCUGGGUUCUGGACCAAAAGGGAAUGCUGGCUGGGAAAAAAAUCCCAACUUUGUAGACGUUUUUUUUUUGCAAGCGGUUUUUGGGACGUCAGUUUCUCCUCUUGCAUUCCAGUGCUGUGAUUGUUCUCUUUAAAAAAAACAACAGCUCCGUUUUCCAGGACACUAAAAAUCCCCUUUAUUAUUAUUAUUAUUGUCCCACCUGUCUUCAGCCAAAACAGCAACAAACUGAGUUGACUCUCGUUUUGUCGUAGGCGACGUCCCCCCGAGUUAAAACUGAGUUACACGUAUUUUCCUAACCUUUGGCUUCCAUCUCUCCAUCUCUCCAUGAUGUUAAGGCACUUACCCUAAAAUGACAGGUUCCCACGUGCAAAAUACUAAUGUCUGGGGGUUUAUAUUUUUAGCCUGUUGCUGUCUGGCUUUCCGUCUUCUGUAUUCCCCAGGUGACAGCAAGCAGAGACUUUUUAAUUUUUGCAGGAAGCAACGUUGCGGUGAUGGGAGCUUAAGUGGUUUAUUAAGGAGGUGCAGGAAGACGUUUCCUUCUUUUUCACCCUCCCCUUUUGUGGCAUAAACUUGGUUUGUUAGGGGGAGGCACCAAGGAACCCUUUAAAAA